AUGCAUGCUGCACUGAUGUGGACAAUCAACGACUUCCUUGCAUAUGGUAACCUGUCCGGGUGGACUACUAAAGGUUAUUUGGCUUGUCUCACUUGUAAUGAGGACGUAUCAUCACAAAGGUUAACAAGUAAGAUAGGGUACAUGGGUGCUCGUCAUUACUUGCCCAAGAACCACAGAUGGCGAAGGAGCAAGUUGUUUAACGGACAAAGUGAGGUUAGGUGCAGACUGUUGGAGUUAUCAGGGGAGCAACUAUUAGAGAAAAUUCAGACUAGGACAUACAAGCCGUUUGGAAAACAUCCAAAUAACAGGAAAAGACAAAGGGACGAAAAUCCAGUGUUGAAUUGGGCAAAGAGAAGCAUUAUGUUUGAAUUGCCUUACUGGAAGACGCUUAAGCUUCCACACAACCUUGAUGUCAUGCACAUAGAGAAGAACAUUUGUGACAAUUUGAUGGGGACAUUAUUAAAUGUGGAUGGGAAGAACAAGGACACAGAAAAAGCACGGAUUGAUUUAGCAAAUUUAAAAAUUCGAAAGGAGUUACACCUACAGAGUCGUGGUGAUAGGUCAUUUGUGAAGCCUCCAGCUGUGUACACAUUAUCCACGAAAGAAAGAAAAGGCUUUGGUGCUUUUUUGAAAUCAAUCAAGUAUCCUCAUGGUUAUGCAGCAAACAUCUCCAAUUGCGUGAAUACUGGCAGUGGCAAAAUCUCAGGCCUCAAAAGUCAUGAUUGUCAUGUGCUUGUACAACGACUACAUCUGGUUGGGAUGCGCGGGUAUCUUAACAAUGAAAUUGAUUUACAAAAGCUAGAGGAUCAAAUCAUACUUGUACUUUGCAAGCUUGAGAAGAUUUUUCCUCCAGCUUUCUUUGAUGUCAUGGUUCACUUGGUUGUUCAUUUUCCGCGCGAGGCAAUACUGGGAGGGCCAGUGCAAUAUCGAUGGAUGUACCCAAUUGAACGGCUACUUGGAAUGCUAAAAGGAUUUGUUGCCAAUAAAGCUCAUCCUGAAGGAUCAAUUGCGGAGGCGUACAUUUCCAAAGAGUGUACAACUUUCUGCUCGAUGUAUCUUGAUGGAUUUGAAACAGUGUUUAAUCGAGAAGAAAGGAAUGAUGACGGUGGUGAUCACGGCUUGGGGUUAGCCAUCUUCUCUAAAAAAGUUCGUCCAUUUGGUCUAAUCAGUAGGGCACCAGAUGUGCCUCUCCAUGAACGAGAGAUGGCUCAGUGGUUUGUCUUAUACAAUAACUUUGACGUGGAACAAUAUCUACAGGAACACAAGAACAUUUUGCAAAAUGGAAGUACAUGUGACACCACAGAGAGGCAACGGGAUGAAUUUCCUAUGUGGUUCAAAGAACGUAUAAAUCAGUUGCGGAAUCAAGUGUCGUCGGAAGCAACGGAUGAAUUGUGGUCAUUGGCCAACAGUCCUAGUGCAAUAGUCAACACAUAUUCAGGAUGCAUUUCUAAUGGUGUUCGAUUUCAUACCAUCGACCGUGAUAACCAUCGUAAAACUCAAAAUAGUGGGCUGGUUGUAGAAGGGGAUCACGAGGGUCAUUCAAUGCGUUUCUACGAGAUGGAUGGUUUACCUGAUGAUGCGCUAAAUAGUGUGUUCCAACAAAAUGAAACCACCAAGGUUAUACCAAUUGUGGACGGAAACGGUAUGCAAGUUGAAGGCGGUGGCGAUCAAGGGGUUUUGUGUAGAGAUGAUAGUGAAGGUGAAAUUAUUCCAAAUGCAAUGGUUUCACAAUCCCAUAGUCAAACACAAGUCGAGGGUGUUGCUGAUGCUUUCAUUUGUGAUACCGACGAAGAUGACUUCAUUGAGGACGAUGAUAAGAAAGAAGAAAAUGAAUUUGACAUUGUUUAA